GGACAAUGGCUCUGAGUGGAAACUGUAGUCGUUACCCUCGAGAACAAGGGGCCGCAGUUCCCAAUUCCUUUCCUGAGGUCAUGGAGCUGAAUGUUGGAGGUCAAGUUUAUUUCACUCGGCAUUCCACAUUAAUAAGCAUCCCUCAUUCCCUCCUGUGGAAAAUGUUUUCCCCAAAGAGAGACAAGGCUAACGAUCUAGCCAAGGACUCCAAGGGAAGGUUUUUCAUCGACAGAGAUGGAUUCUUGUUUCGUUAUAUUCUGGACUAUCUCAGGGACAGGCAGGUGGUCCUGCCUGAUCACUUUCCAGAAAGAGGAAGACUGAAAAGGGAAGCUGAGUACUUCCAGCUCCCAGACUUGGUUAAACUCCUGACCCCUGAUGAAAUCAAGCAAAGCCCGGAGGAAUUCUGCCACAGUGACUUCGACGAUGCCUCCCAGGCAAGCGACACCAGAAUCUGCCCCCCUUCCUCUCUGCUCCCUGCCGACCGCAAGUGGGGUUUUAUUACUGUGGGUUACAGGGGGUCCUGCACCAUGGGCAGAGAGGGGCAGACCGAUGCCAAGUUUCGGAGAGUUCCCCGGAUUUUGGUUUGUGGAAGGAUCUCCUUGGCAAAGGAGGUCUUCGGAGAAACUUUGAAUGAGAGCAGAGACCCUGACCGAGCCCCAGAAAGAUACACCUCCAGAUUUUAUCUUAAAUUCAAGCAUCUGGAAAGGGCUUUUGAUAUGUUGUCAGAGUGUGGAUUCCACAUGGUGGCCUGUAACUCCUCAGUGACAGCAUCUUUCCUCAACCAAUAUACAGAUGACAAGAUCUGGUCAAGCUACACUGAAUACGUCUUCUACCGUGAGCCUGCCAGGUGGUCAUCCUCACAUUGUGAUUGCUGCUGCAAGAAUGGCAAAGGUGACAAAGAAGGGGAGAGCGGCACGUCUUGCAACGACCUCUCCACCUCCAGCUGCGACAGCCAGUCUGAGGCCAGCUCUCCCCAGGAGACGGUCAUCUGCGGGCCGGUGACACGCCAGACCAACAUCCAGACUCUGGACCGUCCCAUCAAGAAGGGCCCUGUCCAGCUGAUCCAACAGUCGGAGAUGCGGCGGAAAAGCGACCUGCUCCGGACUCUGACUUCUGGCUCCAGGGAGUCGAACAUGAGCAGCAAAAAAAAAGCUGUUAAGGAAAAGCUCUCCAUUGAGGAAGAGCUGGAGAAGUGCAUCCAGGAUUUCCUCAAGAUCAAAAUCCCAGACCGGUUCCCCGAGAGGAAGCACCCUUGGCAAUCGGAACUGCUACGGAAGUACCAUCUAUAGGACAGGGCUGGGGGGCGAAGAAGCAAACCACGGGAGCAGUGUACAGCCAACCUCCUAAGAGAAAUUCCUAUUUGCAAAGACAGACAACCACUAACAAUAUACACUUGUUAGAACACA